UGGGACAAGAUUGUAAGGGGUAAUAAAAACAAAUUAAGAAAUGUAUUACUUCACUGGCUGCCUGUGGGGUUGACUAGUUGUAUGGAGGAAAAACAAUGGGGCUGUGAAAUCGACUGUUCUGAGGUUUGUUUGUGUGAGUGUGCCCCAGGCCAUGUUACUGGGCCCAGUAGAGAGAGGUGUUGGAAAGUGACUAUCAGUGCACACACCACUGGCCUCUGUCACACUCAACACACACACACCCUGGUACAGGGUAGUCCACACACACAGGAAGGAGAUCCUAAAGCUAUCUGGCCCUGGCACAGCACAGUUGGAAGCAGCGGAGCCCAGAGUGACAUUACUGCAAUAUUCUGUUCAGCUCAACUCCAACCCUCUGCUCAGGAUGGCACAUGAUUGGCAGCGAGGUAGAAGUAGGAGUCACCACCGAUAUGAGGAAGACGUUGAGGAACCCCAGCCAGUGUAUAUUGGCGUUCCGGUAACACACGGUUACAGCAAAAGGAGACGCCGUAAACACCGCUCCCAACGCGAACACGAGAAACAUCACGCACACCGCGUCCAACACACACACCACGAACACACACAUCACGAACACAUACACCAUGACCAUCACCAUGACUACCAGGAACACUACAAAGAGGAGGAGGAGCAGGAACAACAUGACAUAUUUGACCCUGACUCCACAGUGUCCCCGGCGGCGGAGAGGCUGCGCUACAUCCUGAGUGAAGAUGAUGACGUGCCGACGCCCACUCUGUUUACAGAGAUGGACACACUGCAACACGAUGGAGACGAGAUGGAGUGGAAAGAGUCUGCUAGGUGGGUGAAGUUUGAGGAGAAGGUGGAGGAGGGAGGAGAGAGGUGGAGCAAGCCCCAUGUGUCCACCCUGACCCUCCACAGUCUGUUUGAGCUGAGGACCUGUAUACAGACCGGCAGUGUACUGCUGGACCUGGAGGGAUACUCCCUGCCACAGAUAGUGGAUGACAUCGUGGAUCGCCAGGUGGCAGACGGUCUGAUUGGUCCAGAACUGAGGGAGAAGGUCAGCUUUGUGUUGCUACGGAAACAUCGCCACCAGCACAAGAAACCCAUCCACCGCUCGCUAGCCGACAUGGGCAAAUCAAACACUUCCCCCACCAGCCGUAGUCCCCAGUCUGUUCAUAAUGUCAGUCGUAGUAACGUCAGUCGUUUUCCUAGUUCAGCCUCUGGCCUCCAUCACUCUACAGAGGACUUACGAGCCAAGUCAGGCAGCUUUGGCCGCCUGCAUCCCGCGCUAAGUCAAAGUAUGAACGAUAUUUCAGACAAGCCAAGCACAGACCAGAUGAAAAACAAGUUCAUGAAGAAGAUUCCUCGUGAUGCAGAGGCGUCCAACGUUCUGAUUGGAGAAGUCGACUUCCUGGAUAAACCGUUUGUAGCGUUCGUACGUCUGGCCCAGGCUACCACACUGGGAGGCCUGACUGAGGUCCCUGUACCUACCAGGUUUCUGUUUGUCUUGCUGGGUCCUCAUGGCAAAGGCAAGUCCUACAACGAGAUUGGCCGAGCCAUCGCCACGCUCAUGGUGGAUGACUUGUUCAGUGACGUGGCGUAUAAAGCCCGGGACCGUGAUGACCUGAUCGCUGGGAUUGAUGAGUUUCUGGAUGAGGUCAUUGUUCUGCCCCCAGGGGAGUGGGACCCCAAAAUACGCAUCGAGCCCCCCAAGAAGGUCCCCUCUGCUGACAUGAGGAAGUCUGUGCUGAACCUGAACGAGCUAGGCCAGGUGAACGGGACGGCUGGGGGGGCAGGAGGAGGAGAGGACGAGGUGAUGCCCGCCCCCCACGAACUGGGAGAGGAACUGCAAUUCACUGGCAGGUUCUGUGGAGGCCUGUGGCUGGACAUUAAGAGGAAGGUUCCGUGGAUCCUUAGUGAUUUCUCCCAGGGCUUUCACAUCCAGUCCAUCUCUGCUGUUCUGUUCAUCUACCUGGGCUGCAUCACCAACGCCAUCACCUUCGGAGGCCUGCUGGGGGACGCCACAGACAACUACCAGGGUGUGAUGGAGAGUUUCCUGGGUACAGCGUUAGCAGGAACAGUGUUCUGUCUGUUAGGAGGUCAGCCCCUCAUCAUUCUCAGUUCUACUGGACCCAUCCUCAUCUUCGAGAAAUUGCUCUACGAGUUCUGCAAGUCUAACACUAUAGACUACAUGGAGCUACGUCUGUGGAUUGGUCUCCACUCCUGUCUGCAGUGUCUGAUCUUGGUCGCCACGGACGCAAGUUACAUCAUCAAAUACAUCACACGCUUUACCGAGGAGGGCUUCUCCAGCCUCAUCUCCUUCAUCUUCAUCUCCGACGCCAUCAAGAAGAUGGUGGGAUCCUUUAAGUACUACCCUAUCAACCGUGGCUUCAAGCCUGACUACGUUACCACAUACAGGUGUGAAUGUAUCGCACCAGACCAGGCUGCUGCGAUGGGUUUUAAUGUUUCAGUUCCACUAGCAGACGAUAACAUGACUGAUUUGUAUAACAUAACAGGUCUGGACUGGAGUCAGCUGAGUAAGAAGGAGUGUGUGAAGUAUGGCGGCGCCCUGUUGGGGAACUCGUGUAAGUACGUACCUGACCUGGCCCUCAUAUCCUUCAUCCUGUUCUUCGGGACCUACUCCAUGACCGUCUCCCUCAAGAAGUUCAAGACCAGCCGCUACUUCCCCACCAAGUGCCGUUCCCUGAUUGGUGAUUUCUCCAUCAUCAUCUCCAUCCUGGUAUUCUGUGGGAUAGACUACCUGUUAGGCCUGGACACGCCUAAACUGCACGUGCCCACUGAAAUCAAGCCGACGCGUCCAGACCGUGGUUGGGUGGUGAUGCCGUUUGGUAAGAACCCGUGGUGGGUAUAUGUGGCCAGUGCCGUCCCUGCUCUCCUGGUAACCAUCCUCAUCUUCAUGGACCAACAGAUCAGCGCUGUCAUCGUCAACCGCAAAGAGAACAAACUCAAGAAAGGUUGUGGGUACCAUCUAGACCUCUUCUGGGUGGGUAUUCUGAUGGCAGUGUGCUCCUUCCUGGGCCUGCCCUGGUACGUGGCUGCCACUGUCAUCUCCAUCGCCCACAUUGACUCUCUGAAGAUGGAGAGUGAGUCCAGCGCCCCAGGAGAGCAGCCCCAGUUCCUGGGAGUCAGGGAGCAGAGGUUGACGGGAAUUCUGGUGUUUGUCUUAACUGGAGUUUCCAUCUUCCUAGCUCCUGUCCUUCAGUAUAUCCCCAUGCCUGUUCUCUACGGUGUCUUCCUCUACAUGGGAGUAGCCUCACUCGCAGGAAUACAGUUCUGGGAACGUAUCAAGCUGUACCUGAUGCCAGCCAAGCACCAGCCAGACUUCUCCUUCCUGCGUCACGUUCCUCUGCGGAGGGUCCAUCUCUUCACCCUGGUCCAGAUCAUCUGUCUGGCUGUCCUCUGGAUCCUCAAGUCUACUGUAGCUGCCAUCAUCUUCCCUGUCAUGAUCCUGGGUCUGAUGGUGGUACGUAAGAUGAUGGACCUGAUGUUCUCUCAACACGACCUGGCCUGGCUGGAUGACAUCCUGCCGGAGAAAGACAAGAAGAAGGAGAAAGGUGGGAUGAAAAAGAAAGACAACAAAAGGACCAAAGCAGCCGAGCCGGAGAGCGACGAGGAGCCCAAGAGUCCCCUCCCUCCUCCAGUGAAGAUACCCAUGGACAACAUAGACCCGCCUUCAGCACCUGACCCCUCUGUAAGCCCACCCACCCAGCCCCUCGUCUCUGACUGAGACGAACGUUUACACUAGUGUCAAUCCAGAUGACAGUGACCGGAUACAUCCCCCCCGGCCCUGACACACACCGACUGGGGAGUACACUGCCAGCGUGACCACAUCUACGACUACUCACACACACAUGCAAAAACACACACACAUACAUACAUACAUACAUACACUUACUACUGCCAGCUAGACUACUGACAACUACUGUACAAUUACUGACACAUGCACAGCUAAUAACUAUUAGCAAACGUCCAUUUACUAUUAGCAUUAUUUACCACUGUUUUUACUUAAAAAAACGUAAUACACAUUGAAUUUCAUAUAAAUAUAUACAAAUAUUCUAUAAACUGUAGAUAUGAUGUGAUAUUUAACAUGUCAACAUAUGUCUAUUAAAUUCAACUGGAUAGUAGUUAGUUAUUAUACUUUUAAACAUUGUACAAAUCACAGUAGUGUCCGGGAGGCAUACCCAGACACAUGGAUCACACGCCGCUCGGAACCAGAAGUCUAUAGUCCGAGGCUGUUGGAGCAUAGAUCGCAGUGUGUGGACUGAGGUUUAUUUUCGCCCAACAUAUUCUCUGAUCUCCAGCACCUGCUUAAACCCACUGGAUGUUGUGUGUGUUUUCUUGUGCAAUCCUCUGGCCCUACUGUAGAUGUUUUUGUGAGGGCAGACUGAUAGUCGUUAAGAUACCAGAGCCCAUGCACCUGAAAGCAAUGCAGAAGUUGUUUUUGUGUUUGUUUUGAUGUCUUCCAUGUGUAAUUUAUUCACUGUGUGCCAUGUGGUUUGUAGCAGGAACCUCUUGUACUAAUGUAAAGACUACUCUGAAGGCACAGUUGGAAAAGGAAGGGUUAUAAUGUGAUUAGUAAUCCAAUAUUAUAAUACAAUGUUAUUCUGCCAUCUGUAAAUUGACCGCAAGAAGCUAUCAAAUUGCUAUUAAUUUGCAUGUCCCCCCCCCCCCCGCUGUAUUUUCCCACUAGCAAUGACUUUGCUGAAUAAUACUUUGUUGAGGGAAAAUGUACUUAAUACGAUUGUGAUAUGAUGUUUUCUCACCUACAGUAGCUAUUUUAAGAUGAAUUAACUAAUUCUAUGUCGCUCUGGAUAAGAGCGUCUGCUAAAUGACUCAAAUGUAAAAUGUCCUGAGGGAAGGUGGUUGUUAUGGGUCCGUUGGAGACGUCUACACUCUCCAGGUCUGGUCAUUUACUAUUGUCAUAUUUUGGUAAUUAUAAGACUUCUCUGACCUAUAAUGGAUCAGUUGUCAUUUCCAUUGCCAGUCCCAGCUAGUUCUGUCAGCCACUGCUAUCUCAAGACAAGUGAAUGCUGGACUCGUGUGUGUGUGUGUGUGUGUGUGUGUGUGUCUGGGACAAUCAACUCCUGAGAAAUAGGGAAAUACACAUUUUGGUUACAUUAUUUUACUGUAGGUUAUGAACCUGCUGCAGUACAAUUAUGGGACUUUUGGUUGUUUCUUUUUAAACAGUACAAAACGUCCCACACACAGUGUUCUUCGUCCUCCAGCUAACACUGUGAUGUAUCUUCUAACACUCUCCGUUGGGAGAUUUUGUCUGUCGGGAAUACCUGUCUCAACUCACCUCAACCCCACCACAAUCCAUAAACUUUUUGUGACCGUUCAAACACACACACACCCUCCUCUACGCCUUUCUAAAUACCCCAUAGCCUUUUCCCUCUGCCGUUCUCUCUGUGUGUGUGUGUGUCUGUCUGGCUGUAUGAAUGCACUUGCAUAUGUUUGUGCAUGUGUGUUUUCCCCUUAUGUGAUCCUGCUCUUGGCAGUCAAGGAAUUAUUGUCUACAUUACUGUUCAGGUAGUAUGGUUGAGAAGUGUAAAACUAUGUUUGUGUGUGCUCA